UGUCGCCCUAUUAGCACUUGAAAAUACUAACCUCUUUUAAGUAAAUAAUAGAUAUCUUAUUUAUUAAAUUUAUAUAAUCUGCAUUUUAUAGAGGAAAUUAUCAACAUGUCGGAUAAAAAGCAAUUUGAUGAAUAUUUAGGUGGUUCCGAAAGAUUACCAGAUAAUGCCCAAAUUCUUAAGCUUGCUUCGGCAAGAGCAAGUGAAAUUGCAGCAAUGACCUAUUCUUUAGAAAAUCCACAUCAGACAAAAUUGAUAUUUCAAAAGUUACCUGUUCAUAUGAGACGUAGAGUGAUGUCUCAUAAUGCUAAACGUAUGCCUAGAAGAUUGAGAGCAAGUCAUUUAAGUCAAAUGAAUAAGUCUGGUCUACCUCCAAAAUCUAAACGACCAUCAAGAAAGUAUCGUAGACGACCAUACAAUCUACUUUUAGAAUAUAACAGAAGGCAGAGAAAUAAAUUUUGGCUUGAAACUCACAUUUGGCAUGCUAAACGUUUUCAAAUGAUUGAAAAAUGGGGCUUCAAGUUGGCUAAUUAUUCAAAUGAUAGGUGUUUCAGAGCAAAUUAUCGAGCUGUAAUAAAUCAUUGCUUAAUCCAAGAUAUCUCUUAUUAUACAUGUAUUGAAAUUACAGGUCCUAUAGUAUUUUUAACGCAAAAAUUAAAAAUGCAUUGUAAUCCAAAUGAAUUAACAUUCGGUGCCAAAUGUUAUAUUAAUGGAGAGAGGGAGGGUACAUUAAUGUUUUAUAAAGCAAAUGGUUACCCAUAUCAUCCUAUUGGAUAUAUAAAUUUUAUGUGGAAUGCUAAUAGUUGUAGUUCAAAGGCUAUUUGGAUUUGGGUACAUCCUGCAUUGUAUAAAGAUACCUUAGAAGAAAUUAUAAAUAAUUUUAAUUUUGUAUUGGAAACAAAUAGCAAUACUUCUGAUACAAUAGUGGAGAAAGAUCAAGAUAUAGUUAAGGAUCUACAAGCAGAAACAAUGUCUUCAGAAUUAAAAAUUUUUCGUACCACUAAAGUUCCUAUCUAUACAAAUAAUAAUGAAUGUCAAUUAACAAUUUUGAGAAAUUGCUUGAAUAGAUUUCGACUAUCUGGACCCUUAACUCUUAAUACAUUGACUGAUGCAUUCAAGCUACCUCAUAUUCGUUCAAAAUUUGAUGUAAUGAAUCAAUCGAGCGUAGAAGUAGAUAAAAAUUUUGAAAAAAUGGAUAUUCAAGAUAAUCAAAAUUUAUGUGAAAUAGAUAUUAAAAAUCAAGAUAAAACCAAAUAUUCAACUAAUACAUGGUAUAAUAUUUACUAUCAAUCGGAAAAGAAUUUAGAAACAUUUAAAGUUCAAAAUGAUAUGUUUAAUAAUUUAGUAGGUUUAAAUUUUCCAAGUCAAUUACCACCAAAUAUGAUACUAGCCCUAACAGUUCUAGAUCCUCGUUUUUUUUUACCUGAAAAAAGAAUUAAAUCCUUAUCAAAUUCACAGAUAACUGAAAGUAUCUUAGUGCCUCCAAGAUUAGCAAAUGAAAGUCCAUUGUGGGACUCGAACGUACGAAAUUAUGUAACUAAAAAUUAUGUAUCAACAAGUGUCAUUAAUAAUUUAAGAAGCCAAUCUUUAGUCCCUGGAGUUCAUAACGAUCAAUUUUAUAAUGAAAACAUUAUGCAUAAAAUACCAAUUAUUUUUAUUCAAAAGCCUGGAAAUUAUGUAAAUAAUAAUAAUAUUAAUUUUGGUGCUGGAAUUGAUAUUAUACUGCCAUCUGGUUGGUCAAUGCCAUUUUGGUUAGCACUUAUUUUGAGAUGUGCAAGAGUUGGUGGGUUAAGAGAAUCAAAAUCAAUUGCAUAUGAAACUCCAAAUCUUAAUGUUCCAGAUAUAAAUCAUCCGGAUACUAAUGCUUACAAAGUGGAAGCAAGUAAAAAAAGAAUUAUGUUAAUUGAAAGGCAUUAUAAGCUUCCCUCAAAUAAACGUGUUAAUUAUACAAAAUUAGGUAUAAGUAGUCCAUUCUUUUGUGAAUGGAGCUUACUUAUAAAGGAAUGGAAUAAUGUAGACAAUUUUUAUAUUUUAAGAGAUAAUCAUAUUCUCUCAACUCUUAAUACAAAAAUCUGCAUGAGUUUAGAAAAGAAAAGAAAAAAUAUUCAUAAAAAUAUUGAUAAAAAUAAUGCAUCAAUUGAUUUAGAUGAUUUAAUAAAAGAUAAAGAUUGUUUUGUACCUAUUAAAGUAAUAAAUGAAAACAAAGGUUUACCUAAAGAUUUUUCAAUCAUUUGCAUACCAACAAAAGACGACUUAAUAAAGUAUAACGAAGAUAAAACAUGGUCAGGACCUGUACAAUCAGUACUAAAAAGUGAAAAUAGAGAGUCAAAAAAAAUGAAAAAGAAAACUAAGAAAAAGAGAAAAAAGUUAAAAUCACCUAGCUUUAAUUUAUUAAUAAAAUUGAAUCGUAAUAAAAUUCAGCGGCUCGCUAGAAAAAAAUUGAAGCAGGAGAACAAAAAUAGAAUUGAAAAUCAAACUAAAUAUAUGUUAUCCAUAGACUGUUGUAAAGUAGUAAGGUAUUCUUGUGAUAGGGAAGUAAUAGGAUAUGUUACACAAGGUGGAUUUUCAUAUCAAGAAGCAAAAGGAAUUGGAUUAGGAUAUGUUAUUCUUUCUUCUGUAUUUAAUCUUAUAAAAGAAAAGUCAAAUAUAGUUCUUACUAGAAAUACAACAACUCGAAAAUAUAGAAUUUGCAAACUAGAAAUAUUAAGUUAAAAUUUUUUACA